AUGGAGGAACUUAAAAAAGAUUUCCCUCCAGGAGUUGAUUAUAAAUUAGUUAUGACCGUUUCUAAAUUCUUAGAUGCUUCCUGUAGAACAAGGGAUUGGCGUUCUACAUUAAUUCCUAUUAUAGCUGUACCAGUUUCAUUAAUUGGAGCUUUCUUCAUUAUGAAAGCAUGUGGUCUAACAAUAAAUCUUGUAACACUAUUUGCCCUCGUACUUGCAAUUGGUAUUGUUGUCGAUGACGCGAUUGUUGUUGUGGAAGCUGUACACGCCAAGAUGGAGGAGAAGAAUUUAUCUCCAUUUAAAGCUGUACAAGAAGUAAUGGGAGAAAUUUCUGGUGCGAUUAUAGCAAUUACAGCAGUAAUGGUAUCUGUAUUUUUACCAAUAUCAUUCAUGUCAGGACCAGUUGGUACAUUCUUUAGACAGUUUUCUAUUACAAUGGCUAGUUCUAUUGUUAUUUCUGCACUUAUUGCACUUACAUUAACACCAGUAUUGUGUGCAAUGUUGUUGAAGAACAAUCAUGGUAAACCAAAGAAAGUUACUUUGUUCACAAGAUUUAUGGAUAGCUUCAAUAGAGGUUUUGAUAAAUUAACAGGUGUUUAUGCAUCUUUAUUACGUAAAAUUGUUAACAGAAGAUUUGUAACUUGGACUGUACUUCUUAUUUUCUGUGCUGGUAUAUUUUAUGUGAGUAAAGUAUUACCAGGAGGUUUCAUUCCUACAGAGGAUCAAGGAACAAUUUAUGCAAUUAUCCAAACACCUCCAGGUUCAACAUUAGAACAAACAAAUAAAGUAUCUAGAGCUUUACAGGGAAUAGCAGAAAAAAUAGAAGGAGUAGAAACAGUUUCUUCAUUAGCUGGUUACGAGAUUAUGACAGAAGGUAGGGGAUCAAAUGCUGGUACGUGUUUGAUUAACUUAAAGCCUUGGGAUGAAAGAACUCAUGAUAAACGUAAAGAACUAACUGGUGUAUUUACAUUCUUUGCAGCUAACUAUCCACAGUAUGAAUUAGUUUUUGAUAACGCAGCAGCAAUGCAGAAAGGGGUGUCAAUCGGUAAAGCGAUGGAUAACUUAAAUAUCUUAAUAGGUAGUACAUAUGAUCAAGGUUUUAUCCGUUUUGGACAAUUUUUUAAAGUGUACGUUCAAGCAUCACCAGAAUUUAGAAAAUUACCAACUGAUGUUAUGAAGCUUUAUGUGAAAAAUGACCGUGAUGAAAUGGUACCUUAUUCAUCAUUCAUGACAAUGAAGAAGAAACAAGGUCCUAAUGAGAUUACACGUUAUAACAUGUACAAUUCUGCUGCAAUUAGAGGUUUACCAGCUGAUGGGUAUACAACAGCUGAUGCAAUUAAAGCAAUAAACGAAACAGCAGCAGCAACUUUACCUCAUGGUUAUAAAGUAGCUUGGGAAGGUUUAUCGUAUGAUGAGUCGAGAAGAGGAAAUGAAGCAAUUUAUAUUUUCAUUGUAGUAUUAGUAUUCGUUUAUUUAGUAUUAGCUGCACAAUAUGAGAGUUUCAUUAUGCCAUUAGCUGUAAUUACAUCUUUACCAGUAGGUAUAUUUGGUUCAUUCUUCCUAUUGAAAGCAAUGGGAUUAGAAAAUGAUAUUUAUGCUCAGGUAGGACUUAUUAUGCUUGUUGGUUUAUUAGGUAAAAAUGCCGUACUGAUUGUAGAGUUUGCUGUACAAAGAAGACAAGAAGGCUUGUCUAUUUUUGAAGCAGCUAUUGAAGGAGCUCAAGUUCGUUUCCGUCCUAUCUUAAUGACAUCAUUUGCAUUUGUAGCAGGUAUGAUACCAUUAGUUUUAGCACAUGGAGCAGGUGCAAUUGGUAACCAUACAAUUGGUGCUUCUGCAAUGGGAGGUAUGAUUUUCGGUACAGUAUUCGGUAUUAUAAUCAUUCCUGGAUUGUACUACAUAUUUGCUAAAUGGGCAGAUGGUAGAAAAAUGUUACAAGAUGGUAGCGACCAACAUGAAGAGGAAGAAUCACCACUAAGCGCAGCCUGCAUACUAAUUGCUCUAGGAGCAUGUAAAUCAAUAGAUAUACCUCAAAAAGAGGAGAAUAAAAAUGUGCCAGAAUCUUAUGGAACUGACACAGCAAAUGAUAGUAUUAAUACAGCUAAGCUAACUUGGGAUCAUUUUUUUACCGAUCCUAACUUACAAUCUUUAAUACAAACAGCAUUACAAAAUAAUCAGGAAUUAAAUAUCACUUUACAAGAAGUAGAAAUUUCUAAAAAUGAAAUUCGUGCAAAAAAAGGUGAAUAUUUACCUUCUUUAGGUGUAAAAGCUGGAGUAGGAAUGGAUAAAGUUAGCCGAUAUACAAAUAUCGGAGCAAUGGAAGCUACUACAGAUAUAAAGCCAGGGAAAGAAAUGCCAGAUCCUCUUUUUGAUAUGGGAGUUGGAGCGUAUGCAAAUUGGGAAACUGAUAUCUGGGAAACGCAAAUAUGGAUGGCUUGGUCACACACUGAGAAAACCAACAGACGCAAUUGCCCAUGGAAUGGAACCCGCAAGGAGUAA